AAAAUAUUCUAACCCAAAGUACCAUCUUUUUCUUAUUAUUAAUUAUUCCUUCUUACCUAAGAUAAUUAAUAACAAUAAAAUAAAAAUAAAUCGCCUAAACAAACAUCAAUAAUUCAAUAUACAUCGCGUAUAAUCUCCAGAAGAAUCAAUUCCAUUCUUUCCAACCCCCAAAAAAAUUCUCUGAAAUUCGUUUUGGUAUUUAGAAUUAUUUUUUUUUUCAAAAAUUUUUGCAGAAAUUUCCGAGAUUUUUUUGUAGAAAGAGAAAAAGAUGAAGAUCACAGCGUUAAUGGUGUUGAAAAGCAAUGAUAAUAGUAGUAAUUCAGAAGGAUCAGAUCCAGUGAUCUUAGCAAACGCUUGUGAUGUUAGUCAUUUUGGGUAUUUUCAGAGAUCUAGUGUUAAGGAAUUCAUCGUUUUUGUUGGUCGUACUGUUGCUAAACGCAAUCCACCUGGGCAACGUCAAUCUGUUCAGCAUGAAGAAUACAAGGUACAUUCAUACAAUCGAAAUGGUUUAUGUGCUUUGGGCUUCAUGGAUGAUCACUAUCCAGUUCGAAGUGCAUUUUCACUACUCAACCAGGUUUUGGAUGAGUAUAUGAAGAAUUUUGGUGAUUCGUGGAAAAGCGUUCAAAGCGACAAUGCUCAACCAUGGCCUUAUCUGAAUGAAGCUCUAGCCAAAUUUCAGGAUCCUGCUGAGGCGGAUAAGCUGUUCAAAAUUCAGAGAGAGUUGGACGAAACAAAAAUUAUUCUCAUUGGGAAAGAAGAAGUGUGGAAUCGAGCUGAGCUAUAUGUUCUCCUUGCAAAGGAAGCAUCAACUCAAGCAUACAACUUUCCUUUUCUGAGAUUCACCGCCGUCAAGAUUACCCCUCUAGUAGGUAACCACGGGAAGAAGCACACUUUCCUCGUCACCUUAGGUAUCCAAACAGAACCAUAUGUGAAACUCUCAUCUUCCCUACCCAAAAGCUUUUCAUUAAAUGUGUUAACAGAAAACACUUUGUUAUUCCCUAAUAUAUUUGUUGUGUUAUUCCGAGUAAUUUAAUGGUUGUGUACUUUUCACUGAUAAGCUUUCCAAAUUAUUUCCACUUUGUCCCUCAAUCCCUCUUGUAGGCCAUGGUUAUUUCUUUGACCUUCCUGGGGCAUUUAAGCAAACUAUUCUUUAGCAUGUAUGGACAUUGUAAAACCGUAACGUCAAAUUCUGUUGUUUUAGAAACAUGUUGGGUAGAAAAUUAGGAAAAUGAAUACGAUUCUUCCAUCGCACUAUCAACUCAGUGUGUUAGUUAAAUAUUUUAGAAGUAACUUCUCUUUGGAGAUGCUAGUUAUUCUGUUUUAACUCUACUUGUCAAAUAUUUAUG